GUAUCUGCAUAUGCUUUUCAACGCUAAUGCUUCAAGUAUCCAACCAUUUCUACUCUAAAGGUUGCAUCUACAUAUGCCGGACGGAGAAUUUCUUGCAUUAUACAACAGUCUAAAAGUCUCUAGUCUAAUUGUGCAUUCGUGCUGCAUGUAAUUGCAUUUGCUUUCUAUCAGCCUUUUUCUCACCGCUUUCAAUAACUUUACAUCGCGUAACCGUAGUUCCAUCCCAUCGUCAUGGAGCCAUCUCAAAAAGGGCACGCGAACCUAUUCCAGGUGUACUUGAGACUACGGCCUCCUCAAGCUGGGAAUUCGGGUGCUGAACGGUUCCUUUUAGUCGAAGACCCUGUAGAACACGAUACCCCCACACAUAUCACCUUGAACCCACCGAACGACCGAAGACGCGCUAUAGAGAAAUUCGCAUUUACGCAGGUUUUUGAAGAGGAUGCCACACAACUUGACCUAUUCCAGGGCACUAGAGUGCUUCCUUUGGUCGAAGGCGUAUUAGCCCCUCAUGGAGGUGACGGCACAGAUGGUCUGCUAGCGACCCUAGGGGUUACUGGUUCAGGCAAGACGCACACGAUGCUUGGAUCGCGGAGCCAGCGAGGCUUAACCCAGCUUGCUCUCGACGUCGUAUUCCGAUCAAUCGAAUCGAACAUCGUUGACUGCGAGACUUCUCCUAUGUUGGAGACAAGUAUACGAUCCUCCGACGCGUCCGAGGCAGCUAUUUGCCCUGCAUCGGUAUUUAUCGACACCAUGUAUACUGAUUUCAGCAGCUCACGCGGUGGAUCAAGAGCUACGACUCCAAUGAUUGGCGACCACGCGCCACUGACGCCGAGAAAGAACCUACAACGACCGUCUGCUUUCCCUCAAGCACCAGAUAUUAGCUCCGUUAGAGCAUCCUGCGAUCCGUCCGCCGACUAUGCUAUCGUUGUCUCGAUGUACGAAGUAUACAACGACCGAAUCUUUGACCUUUUAACUCCUCCGAUCAGGUCAAAUAGUAACAAAGAGCCCCGACGACGGCCGCUGCUUUUCAAGUUUACAGAGCUAUCUCCCGAUCGAAAGGUUGUGGCGGGGCUUCGAAAAGUCAUCUGCGGCAAUCUCAAAGAGGCGCUAAUGGUUCUCGAGGCCGGGCUCCACGAGCGGCGAGUAGCUGGCACGGGCAGUAAUAGCGUGUCGUCGAGAAGCCAUGGGUUCUUCUGUAUCGAAGUUAAGAAAAGACGUCGUGGCCGCCACAACGCACGCUGGGGUAAUAGCACACUAAGUAUCGUUGACCUAGCUGGUAGUGAACGAGCAAGAGAUGCGAAAACACAAGGCGCGACUUUGGCAGAGGCGGGCAAGAUCAAUGAAAGCCUGAUGUAUCUUGGUCAGUGUCUACAAAUGCAGAGCGACGCUAGCAGCACGACGAAGCCUAAUCUAGUCCCAUUCCGUCAAUGCAAACUUACAGAGUUGCUCUUUGCCAACUCGUUUCCUUCGGGCUCGCCCUCAAGCUCCACAAACGGGAGGCGUGCACCACAGAAGGGUGUAAUGAUUGUUACAGCCGAUCCUCUAGGAGAUUUUAACGCGACGUCACAAAUUCUUAGGUAUAGCGCUCUAGCCCGUGAGGUUACCGUGCCACGCGUUCCUUCUAUCUCAUCUACAAUACUUGCCAAUGCGAACAGCUCAGCGCACUCUCAGCGGUCGGAAUCGAGUGUCGGGUCUCGUAGUGAUACGAGCUCGCCUGUUCUAGCUCACCAUCGACCGUAUUUCCAUCCUUCUGGCAACCAUAGCCGGAUGUUCUCACCCGUACCCGACACGGAGAGGGCAACAAUGGAGAACGCGGCCUUAGAGAUUGCCAGAAUGGCCGAUAUGAUAGAACAGCUGAAUUCCGAACUAGUACAAGAAACGGAAAGACGCAUGGCAGCCGAGGCUCACUUGUUAUCCAUGGAAGACCGUCUCGCGGACUUGGAACAGGAGAUCCGAGAGGAGUGCUACGCAGAUUUUGAGCAGCGGCUCGCUCUAGAGAUGGGACGAUGGAAGGCGACGUUGUCGCUAGAGCAAGAGCGCGGCGAGGAGCACUGGGAUCGCAAGGUGGAGGUGUUAGCUCGCAGCGUGGGCGUCACGGUCACUAUGCCAAGCUCUGAAGAAGAUAAUGUUGAAGACGAAGAUAAGGAGAACAUCUUGAUCGAAGAUCUGGAGCAAGAGAACGAGCGUUUGCGAAGAGAGGUCGCGAUCCUGAAGCGCGAACUAUCCGGGCGCACGCCAAGCAAACGCUCUCCGCUUCGGGAGAGGGGUGAUGUGCCCAGCGCCAGGGCCUCAUCUUCUGGGGCGGAUACGCUGGGCGACCUCGGUAACCGCAUGGAGCAGUUAAGAGUAAACAGCGGCGAGGUUAAGAAAGCCCUCAAAGUGUCGAGCAGCGGGAGUCCCACGAAGAAGGUGCGAAAGCUGCAGACGAGGAGGUGGGAGGGUACGGCGGUUGAUGACGACUUAAUGUGAGAUGUGAGAUGUGAGAUAUGAAGCCGGUCGCAAAGCGUUUCAAGACGGUGUCGAUGGAUUCUAUCAUGGCAACUAGCUAUUAGCGGUUGCAUAAACGUGUUGAGGAUACCCCUUAUUUCGUAUUUCUGGUUUGGACUGGGUUUAUUGUCUAAUUGUAUUCGUCUGUUUUAAUCCUGCUCUG